AAUAUUAAUAUGUGUGUCUCACAUGUACCGGUAUGACAUUUUGUUUCGAGAGCUUCAUUAUUAAGCAACCCAAAUCUUAUAACCAUGGACCAUGGGCAAGGAGGGCCUCAAUGCCACUAUCAAGGCAAUUCUGCGCCUUCCAGCAGUGCUUUGUGGCUUGUGUGACUUCAAGCCAGACUUUUCGGAACGAUUUAGGACUGGGCAAGUGAAUGCCAUUUCAGUUCUGAAGCAACCAACUUUGCAAGAUGUCGAAAAGACGCUAUGGGACAGUGCGACCAGGCGAGAAAAGAAGGAAUGGAUGAAAGCGUACGUCGUGCCACCCGAAUCUGAUUUGAAAAUCGACGAUGCAUGGAUAAUAUCCCAUGUUACCCUAUUUCUAUUCAUUCGGGCCAUCUACGGGUUUUCCAAGGAUCGCUGUUGCCGUGAGCUGAGUUUCUGCAAGAUACCCCAAAAAAGUAGGAAGCCAGAGACCCUUCCAGAGCUUGAGAACCACUGGGGAAAGCAGAUCAAUGGUGACUUGAGCUGUGCUGCGGCUCAUCCUGACGACUAUUCGAAUGCAGAGACAUUUUACCACUCGGAUCAUCCACGGAAAACGCGAUUUGCCAAAUCACAGCGUGGGAACCUACACAUCUUGAUUGACAAUGGGGUAAUCCAAUGGGCUCAGAACAGAGUGCGCGAGGAACCUGAAUUGUUUGAGAUGACUGGCCUUUUUCUAGAGGCUUUGCUGCAGUUUACUGGAAAUCUUCCUGCUAUGCAGUGUGCGGUUUACCGUAUUGCAUUGCAGCUUCGGACCAUGAUCACUGAUAGUGUUGAUCCUGGUGCCUUCUGCUUGGACAUGAUGGGCUUCCUCCGUCAAACUGACUGGCCAAUCAAUCCACCUCAGCAAUCCAUUGAUGAAGCAAGGGGAGCCAUUGCAAAAGCCCUGAAUGUAAAAGUUGACAAUCCCAAAGUCACAGGUGCGGUAGGAAACGACAAUAGUGGUGGCACCAACACGACAGGCCCCACCAAAAAGAAACCUAGCGCAGUGAGGACCACCACCAUCCUUGACUCUCGCCGAGAAGGGAGGACACCAACGAACAACUCCAUAUCAACAUCGCUGAAAAGGUCGGCAUUCAUCACUCGUACGCAACUAGCUGCAUUGAGCGGUGGAAAGGUUGAUGGGAAGAGAUAUUCCCAAAAUCCGCUGCGCGUUGAAACACCCUUUCAGUACUGCGGCGGUGGAGCCUUUGGAUCCAAAGAUGAAUUUCUACAUCAUAUAUGCAUCAAAGAAGAAAACAAUCUACCGUUGCCAAGUUCAGAAGACGAAGAUUUCAUCAUCUACCGUUUUGCCAAGAAGGAUGGUCAAGUUCAAAAGGAUAUCCGAGACUUGAAGCUCAACAUUUCCAGUCAACCCCCAAUUCCAAUAUUCUGGGAACCCACUCCCACAAACAAGACGCAAAAGGGAGGUAGCCCUGUACAAUAUGUUGGUCAUUGGAAAGCGAAAAACGUGAAAGUAGAAAAAUUUUCUUACAACAACAAGCUACGAUGUGCCAAUAUUUGGUUCAGGUUUCAUCGCUACGAUGGUCGCUUCGAUCGAAUCAUACAGUACGCUCAUGACAAGCCUCCAUGGGCAAUAUUUCCUCUACCGAUCGACAUCGACGAGAAUGGUGAUAAUCAAGAUGACGAGAACGAGGCAGACGCACUGCAAAGCCAAGUGCAACAACAAGAAGGGGAUUCCGUUGGCGACGGCGACGACAGUGAUGAUCGCAACGCUCCUGAGAAAAAUCCCGAUGACAUCAGCAAUCAGCUUAGGGAUGGCAAUCUUCAGACGGAAGACGUAGUUCCAGACACUGCAGCUUCGGCUACUCUGCACAACCAGCAAAAUAAUUAUGGUGGAGCGGACGACGGCAAACCUGCUGCAGCAGUCGAAGCCCAUGAUUCACCGAAUGAUACUUCAGAGCAGAACAAAGAUGGUGAACCCCCAGUCAAGGGGGAGGUUGACAAUAUGAGUGAAGCCAACAACUCACCAAGCGAAGAGGACAGGAGACCUUCUGCUACUGCUUUUGCACUCCACAAUCUACCAGAUGUAGCAUUGGAGGACGAUGGAGACAAAAAGCCUGCUGCCAGGGAGACAACAUGCCAUAAUUCGACCUCCAGAAAACGACCGCCUUCUGCAUCUGACGGCAACGAGAGGCGUCGGUCCAGUCGCCGAACCUUGGCGUCUAGCAGUGAGCCAAGAACAAGGACGGGGCAGGAAGCUCGGCGACCUAAUGGCAACAGGAAAGGCAAUGGGUCGCCUCGAAAAGCAGGCACACCAGAAUGCGUGGAGGUGAUCGAACUCGACGACUCCUCGGAUGAAGAAGAGGGAGAUCAAACCCCUGUAGCUGGUAGCGCAGAAGCUGGCGAACCCAAUGCCAGGAUGCCUGCUCGACCAAUGCCGGCGGGAACAGAACGUGCUGCAGAUAGGUCAGAAGAGGCCGCAACGAAUGUUGCACGUAUGCCUACACGAGACGAACCGGUUGCACGUGCACCCACCAUGCAGUUCGUCAAGGUAUCCGUCGUCAUGGAUAAGAACGAAGGCGGAGCUCACGUCGAAUUUUGUGUACUGCUGGAGACUGGCGAUGCUAGCUUUGAGAACAUCCGGAACGCCAUUGGUGAUCAAAUAGAACUUGACUUCGAGUAUGACUUCUGGGUCCCCAAACUGGGGGUUUCUCUACGCCCCAAUCAGGAGAGAUUCGAUGUUCGACAUUUCCGUGCUCGAGGUUCGGUAGGUGACGGAACUAUUGAACGACCAUACCAAGCCUUCAUCAAGAAGACGGCGAAGUGACCAAAUCUUUUGAUGGUUGCACUAUCGAUGGAAUCAUCACGACAACGACAACGAUCUUGAGUUCGGUUCGAUCUUGCGGGAGACAUGGCGGUACCUUCAAUUCGUACCGGUACCGCUACUGUACCAUACCGGUACCUCCAUCCAUAGAAAGAAAAAACUUCAGAGACAAUCCAAAACAUUUCUUCUUCCCUAUUGAGAUUUACCUAUGUUAGAGAAUUUGCAUACUAAACACUUGUUCCUCUUCGCUGUCACUUUCUUUGCCGUAGUCGCUGCCGCACUUCUGCCU